UGUUUUGUCCUCUACGAAGGUCCGUAGCCGGUCCCCAAGAUGGCGACUACCCUGGAUGUCCACGUCCGGAUGUGUAACCAAGAGAUUGUCAUAUUCGACUUGGAGGUUAAAGCGUUUAUCCAGGAUAUCCGGGAUUGCUCAGGACCAUUGAGCACACUUACAGAACUAAAUGCCAAAGUGAAGGAGAAAUUUCACCAUCUACGGCUCAGAAUACAGGAGCUUGAGCAGAUGGCUAAAGAACAGGAUAAAGAAUCUGAGAAACAAGCUCUGCUCCACGAAGUUGAGAAUCAUAAAAAGCAGAUGCUCAGCAAUCAGACUGCAUGGAGGAAAGCAAAUCUUGCUUGUAAAAUUGCAAUUGACAAUUUAGAAAAAGCAGAACUUCUUCAAGGGGGUGACAUGAGGCAGAGAAAAACUACUAAGGAGACCCUGGCACAGACUUCCAGUAACAUCACAGAAAGCUUGAUGGGCAUCAGCAGAAUGAUGUCCCAGCAGGUUCGCCAGAGUGAGGAAGCAAUGCAGAUUUUAGCAAAUUCUUCUCGAACUAUCCUGGAUGCAAAUGAAGAAUUUAAGUCUAUGUCAGGAACUAUCCAGUUGGGACGAAAGCUCAUCACAAAAUACAACCGAAGAGAACUGACAGACAAGCUGCUUAUUUUUCUUGCUCUUGCUCUCUUUCUGGCUACUGUACUUUAUAUCCUAAAAAAGAGGCUUUUUCCAUUUUUAUAAGAUUUAUAAGACCAUCUUUUCUUUUGACAACCAGUUAUGAUUCUUCUGUUCCUCUGAGUUCAGCCAGUGCUGCCAGCUCAAACUACAAGGAUGUCAGGUUUGUUUAUUUAAAUUGUUCAGUGUCUUAAAUGGAAAUGCCCUGGGUUUUGCCAGCAUUCUUUCAUAAGGGGUUAGAGAGAAGAUUUGAAAGGAAACGUUGGCUUGGAAAGCUUACAAAGACGUUGAAAUUCUGAGAUUCCCAAACCCAUGAUCUGCUAUGACUGAGCAGUUUAUGAGUACCUGAUAUAUGUUCUGGGGCUGCCUUUGUGUAUUUGACAGACAACUACUUUAUUCCCUCCUUCCCACCUAGAAUGCCUUGAGUUCUAGAUUGGAGAGAACUAAAAGGGAAGAAAGAUGAGAUGGGAAGAAAGACCAUAGAUUUUUAUCCAUUACUUCUUAAUAAAUUUGACAGUAUUAUUAGAACAAAGUGCAAUCUUAUUGUAUAAAAUGUCACUAUGGGACUA